AUGUUAUUGGGUAUUAUUUCAUUAUUUGUCAUCGUAGUCAGCGCUGAAAGUUGGCGCUGGCCUGACAUGGCAGCUGAAGAUAGUGUGCGCAUUGAUUCUAAAGUAGCCUUCAUCGAUUCUAAAUCUGAUAUCAAUAAAAGGGGUAACCGUGGAAAUACGCAAGCAGAUGAGAUUCCUUUCGAGAGACCCAAAGAUACUGAAGGCUUUUAUAACAGACCGUCUGACUCCGGACGUUAUCCUGUACGAGUUGAGGGAGGAAACAAAAACCAAAGAUAUGAAUCAGAUGGUACGUUAGAUUCAUUACAGUUUUGUAAGUGUGUUACCGUGCCUGAUUGUCAAAUACAGACCGACUCUGCAAAUGCUUGCGGUCCGAACAAAUAUCUUUGCUGUUAUAAUCGCCUAAAUCCAUAUCAGUCAGAUUACUUUAAUGAAAUUAAUGGAGAUCGCCCAAUGCUUCUUCCUAACCGAGAACAGUUAUCAGGCUCAUUUUCACAACGGCCUUAUGCGGACAAUAAUAUAUUAUUUAAUUCAAGAUUUGAACAACAAAAUAGUUUUCAAACACCUUUCAAUGGCGCACCAAAACCACAAAUUCUUGUAGGGCCAAAUGGACCCACGGGAAUUAUUGGACCACAAAGGCCAACGGUGACAAAUGAACCCUCCGGAAAUAUUGGAAUCAAUAAACCUGUUCUUGUGGGCCCUAGUGGACCAACUGGUAUAAUAGGACCAUCGAAUGAUAAAAUUGGAAAAAAUGUUCUGAUUAGCCAAAACGGUCCCAAUAGAGAAUUGGGACAAAGCGCAUCUGCUCAAAGAGGAGUGUUAGUGGGCCCUGGGGGUCCUACCGGAUUUAUUGGACCAAUCUACAGGCAACCAAUUCUCAUUGGCCCUGGCGGUCCUACAGGUAUAAUAGGACCAAGACGCCAAGGUAUACUAGUUGGACCCGGAGGCCCAACCGGUAUUAUAGGACCUACCAGAUACCAAUCUUCACAAGGCUCUGGGCUAUUAGUCGGUCCUGGUGGGCCAACUGGUAUUAUUGGUCCUGGAAGACAAAUACUCGUAGGUCCAGGUGGCCCUACCGGUCAAAUAGGACCAAGAAACUUCGGUAAAUAA